AUGCCGCCAAACAACAUUGUUGAAGGAGAUGCAGUUCGUAGGCUCAAUUUGACUGACCCUGACAUCCAUCCAAGCAAAGGAAAAGUAUCAGAAAUAGUUUGGACCGACUUUAAUGCCAACGACGAGCGAAAAAGCUUUCGAAUGAAAAUCAACGGCAGAAGAACCAUGAAGAUCGUGAAUACACUGAGUCGGCAUUUGUCCGAGUUCUGCAAGGCCACUACCCUGCACGGUCUGAAGUAUAUCACCGAGGAAGGCCGGCACUGGUUUGAAAGGCUGCUUUGGCUACUUGGCUGUGCCGCUGGAGCAACAGCAGCCAGCAUCCUGAUCAACCUGGUGUGGUCCCAGUACAUCACGUCCCCCACCAUCACGACAGUGGAGUCAACUCACUACCCCAUCUGGAACGUCCCGUAUCCCGCCGUCACUGUCUGUAACAUAAACAAAGUUCACCUCACCAAUGCCGUACGACUUUAUGAACAAUCAGGUAUCCAGGACAAACUAGAGGAAGAUGAGUAUUAUGGAUUUGUUCAACAACUGGCUGAAAUUAUCCAACCAGAGAAAGUAAAUCAAUUUCAACACAAUAUAAGUGAACUAGAACAAACGUUACAAGAAUACAGCCUUGCUAUGGAGACACUGAUGUUGAGACUUACACAACCAUGUUCAUCUCUCAUGGUGAAGUGCAAAUGGAGAGGCGAAAUAACUCCAUGUAAUCAAUUAUUCACAAUGCAAAAGUCUGAUUCUGGAUUCUGCUGUUCUUUUAACUAUUACCCUCCAGAUGUGGAUGCUGAUACAAAUUCGUACCUUCGUGUGAAUGGAGCUGGAUAUCUCACAGGGUUAACAAUGUUGAUGGAUCCACGACUUGAGGACUAUUAUGCAGCUCUCUUUUCUUUUUAUGGAGUGCAAGUAUUGGUACAUUCCCCUCAGGAUUAUCCAGAUAUAUCAGCCCGAGGACUCAUAAUAGCACCUCAAAAAGAAGCUUUUCUCCAGAUAACAGCAGAAUCAACAUACAGCACUCCAGCUGUAAGAACACUGAAUAUAGACCAGCGCCAGUGUCUGUUUGAAGAUGAAAGUGGAGAAAACAGAAAUUUAGGAAGAGCUAGAUACUCCUAUGGAAACUGUGUAGUUUAUUGUAGAAUGGAACAUCUUAGAAAAAUAUGUAACUGUACACCAUAUUUCUAUCCUUCAACAGGAGACACCAGGCAGUGUGGGCUGCUAGAUGUUAAAUGUCUUGCUGAACACAGGCGUAUUUUCACCAAUCUCAAGCCACCCAUAUUUAUUCCUGGCCUUGUUGAUGGUCAAGAUGGCAUGAGUUGUGAUUGUCAUCCAUCCUGCACAGACAUCAACUACAGAACAGAAUUAUCUCAAGGCCAGUUCUUCAAGAGUGAAUAUGACAGGACACAUUUCUUUCAUGAAAUCAACAUAACAAAUCAUUCAAUUCUGCAUGUAUACUUCAAGGAUAUAUCAUCCAUUCGUUACAGAAGAGAAGUGGCCUACAGCUGGAAUGAUCUGCUAGCUGCAUUUGGAGGAAUUGUGGGUCUAUGCCUGGGCUGUAGCCUCCUCAGCCUAUUGGAGUUGCUUUACUUUUUCACUCUGAGGCCAGCGUGCAAGCUGCUGAAAGACAAAAGUGCAAACACUAUUCAAGAAAAGGUUUAUCCCUUUUAUAUCAGACAGUCUCAGGAUAAUUCUGUUAAAAAGAAGCCAAAAGUUAUUGUUCACAACUGGUUGCCUUAA